GCCAUGAGGUGAUGGGCGUCUGGCAGUAUCGAACUCAGCAGAAGCUGCUGUUUGACGGGCUCAAUAAUAUCUUCCUUAGCAAUUCCUCAAAAUAUCCGUACGAUCGAUCUGACAUAUUUUAGCGUCGUCUAAUGAAACACCACACGGACUUGCGUUUCCCUCGCUCGUCCUCCAGACACCGAGCACGGAAGGUGGGGAGUGACCAGCGCCUGGAUGCGAGUCUGAGCUGCAGGGGGCAUCCUCGUCCGCCCGCGGAAACACUCCGGCUCAUCGUCUAUCCCCAGCCGUACUAUUGAGCCGCUUGAGGCAUUUCCUGCACAAGGCUUGUAGUCGCGUUUAGGCGGAUAGAGAGGAGGAGGAGGGGGUGAUCGCGGAGAGGGAGGAAGGGGUGAGCAGAAAGGGAGGGCGUGAGAGAGAGUGAGCUGAAAGCAGGGAGCGGAUGAGGUGUAGGGUCUCCCAAGCCCGUAGUAAAUCUAUCUAGUUCAGAACACGCGGAGAAGUCCGAAGAAAAUAAUAGGAGCAAGAAGAGGACGCGGAUUCCUUUAUUCAGCUGCUUUUCGGAGUACAGAGGCCGGGGCGAGGCAGCUGUAGAGGGAUUAAAAUCCGAGAUCGCUUAUCAAAACGGAUGCAUGUUACAGCGAAGCGCUCGGACUGAAGUUGGAGAUUGAAUAAGAGGAGGGGAAAGCGCGUUACAUCGCACGGGAGCGCGGAUCGAGGCGAAGGCGCAACCCCCGCACUGCUGCUCGAGCUCGGAGCACCAUGAAGCUGCCCUGCUGGAUGGCGCUGGCGUCGCUCCUCCUGCCGCUGGGAGACCUCGCGUUGGGUCAAAGCCCGUCACCCUUCACGGAGGGCCGGCGACCCGCUGACCUCGAGGGUUCUGGGAAUGAUGAGUUCUUCGACGAUGAAGACCUGUUCUCUGGCUCCGGAUCCGGCUUCCCAGACGUGGAAGUGAAACCCACAGGAGCCAAAGUGCCCUUCACCACAGAGGAGCCCCCCCCCCUGCCCACCACGCAAGCCACCUCCCCCGCCCCCUCAGCCCCGCCUGCCGCCGAGCCCAGCGGCGGCCCUGGAGACAGCGCCACCCAGUGGGAGAGCGAGUGGGAGAGGGAGAGCUACAUGGAGCAGGAGAGAGAGAAAGAGAGGGAGAUGGAGAGGGAGAGACAGAUGGAGAGAGAGAGACAGCGGGAGAUGGAGAGAGAGAGACAGAGGGAAUUGGAGAGAGAGAGACAGCGGGAACUGGAGAGAGAGAGGCAGCGGCAAAUAGAGAGAGACAGACAGCGGCAGCUGGAGAGGGAAAGAGAGAGGGAGCAAGAAAUGGAGAGAGAGAAGAAAAAGCUGGCAAGACUGCCCCUGACCACGGAUUCUCCCAGAAUUCAUGCUGCUGUUCCCAUGGCGACGACCAGCUUUGCGACAACGCCGGUGCAGACCACAGCACUGUCUGCCACGGAGGAGUUCACCGCCAGCGGGAAGGAUGACGACGACAUGUUCAUCCCCGUGGAUCCCACAGAGACAGAACUUCCCACGCAGGCCACCUCGGACGCCGCCACCUCUGCUACGACUGCCCCCAGCACCCCCGCCCCCACUGAGGCCCAAACCACGCCCCCCAGCACCACAACCCCCAGCACCAUGGCUCAGCGGCCACACCGGCCCCAGACCGUGCCCACGACGCGCAGAUCACGGCCUCCACCCACCUCCACCGCCCAGCCCCGCACUCCUGACCAGGGGCUCGGCAAUGAGGUGACCGGAGCAGGGCCCAGCGGCGAUUCCGAGAUCGUGGAAGAGGAUGGUCACCAGAGCAACGAGGUGGGCCCAGAUGUCAAAGAUGUGGCCGACGGGGGGGCAGAAGCAGACCUGACGGGAAACACUGUGGACUCAGGAAGCUCCGCGGCACAGCUGCCCCAGAAGAACAUUCUGGAGAGGAAGGAGGUCCUCAUAGCGGUGAUCGUGGGUGGCGUGGUGGGGGCACUGUUCGCCGCCUUUCUGGUCAUGCUGCUGGUCUAUCGCAUGAAGAAGAAGGACGAGGGCAGCUACACGCUGGAGGAGCCCAAGCAAGCCACAGUCACCUACCAGAAGCCCGACAAGCAGGAGGAGUUCUAUGCAUAAGACUGGCCCCGCCCCCUUGCCCCGCCCACCCCGAUCCCUCCCCUCCUCACUUCUUCCAAUUUCCGCUUCCCUCCGUUUCCUCCCCCUGCCCUGCCCCCGUGUCUCGUCUCUCUGAGAGUGCCUACUGGAUCUCUCCAUGGACGCUGGACUUCACCGUCGCCCGAAAGGAAAGUAGAAACAGGAAAUAAAAAUGUAAAAGCCCAAGGUGAAGAAGAAAGUCACCGCGAUCAAACACACAGGAAACGCAGAGUACCGCUUUGUUUGUAAAGUAAAGUGAUUCUUAGUAUUAGUAUGAUGAUGAUCGGUAAUGACGAUUUUUGUAGAAGCUGUUAAUGCCUGGGGAGUUUGGCUGGUAUGUGCUGGUCUCUGGCAGCACAGGGAGUGGCAGAUAGAGGUGGAGGGAAGAGAGCACAGGUCACAAACAGCAGCGUUACAUGCACCGGUCACGCGCACCGGUCACACGCACCAGUCACGCAUGGUGAGACACACACACACACGCUCCAAGGCGCGCCUUUCAUUGCAAGGUGCCAUGUGGGCCGCUGUACUCAUCUGCUCCACAUGCGUGUGUGUGUGUGUGUGUGUCUACAUACUCGCAUGACUGCUGUUAGUGUGUGAGGUUACACGUGUCUGCAUGUCUGUCACGGAGGCACGUUCUCCAUGCGCAAACCGCGUCCGUCUCCAGCUGAGGGUGGCGACGGCCAUCCACACACGCUGCCCGCUGGGGGCACAAAGCCACCAGCUCCAAUAACACUAAUACACACACACACACCCGCUCACGCUCUCUCUCGCUCACUGCUUCCCCGCACCAGGCUGCAUAAACCUCCCUUAUGCACCGGUCUGCGUUGCCUGGCCAAAGACCUAACAGUAACAAGACCCGUGACACUGCAGACAUGAUUCAUUGUAGCCUUAACCCUGCGUCACAGAACCAGAAUGUUCGUCCCAAGCAGGUUUAACAGGCAUCAGGGGCGCAUCAGGCAUCAGGGGGCGCAACUUCCACUGGUUACGCUGCCAUUCCAGUUACCAGGGACACUCUGCAAACCAAUGUCCCUCGCUGACUUUUCCUAAUCAAAGUGGAUUUUACACCUGUGCAGUCAUUCAAAUUCAUGGGCAUAAACAGAGACCAGAGGCUGGAUCUCUUACAUAGCAAUAGAUAUGACAGCAGAGUCCGGAGGGUCUUGCUACAAUAGUGGCCAAGAAGUCUUUGGCUCAGCGAUGCCCCCAUUACACCUGUCCCCAGGGAACGGAGGCCACGCCCCCGCUGAUUAACAGGGUGGAGGGGACGCUGCAUCUUCGAUCGAUUCUGGAAGGUUCUAAUUAGCUGGGAUUCCUGUUCAGGGCUGAGCCGGAAGGUCUCCUGGCUGCUCCCGGAACUUUCCCAGUUGGCUGGCCCUGCUGAGAUGUGUGAUCAAUAGUAAUAAUGACUGGUAAAAUACCAAGACCACAUGAAGGAAACGUUUAAGAAGUAUAAUAUAACCGGAAGCGUUUAUACGGUUGUGCAAGAAAGUUUUAUUGAUGUAAAUAUCUUCAUUUUAAUUUCUUUUUUUAUGUACUCAUCUUUUGUCCUUGUAUGUCCCUGGGGGCCAUAGGGCACUUUCCACCCGUCUUAGUCUGUGCCCUGUGCCCUGCCCCACCCGCAUGUAACAGAAACACACACUGUAAGACAUACCUAUCACUACCAUUGUUAGCGUCAUCUUCCUUCUCAUCAUCAUCAUCUUUGUGAGAUGGGUAUCAGCAUAUCUACAUCUGUGUGUGUGUGUGUGUGUGUGUGUGUCUUUUGUUCUGUCACCUAAGCACAAGCGUUUGUUGGUCCAAAGGCGGCUCGUGGUUCUGUUUUAACACCUGAACCAGCAUCGCCUGCCACACUGCACCUGGCCCUCCUUGCGAACACUGCCCUCUACCUGCAGCACGUCGCUCAUGCCGCCAGGGCUGGCGUGUUUCGGGAACUUUUGGGCAACAUUUGAGCAGCGUUUGACCAGCUCCGAAGGAGGGGGGUGGGGGCUGGCUGGGUGUAACCUUUUCUUUCUACUAUGAAGACUGUAACACUAUCUACAACAGUACACCAGUACUUCUAGCUUAUGAAUAUUAUACUUAGUACUGUAGGCAAAUGUUAGUGUGAGUUUCAAAUAUGAAUGUGAGGAUGAAGGCUGUCAUGUGACCCUAUCCCACCCUCGGAUCACCUGAUGUCAGGGUGUGCCCGUUAAUCCAGGUGUACAUAUCUCCCUGAGGUGUGUACGUGUGUGUAUAGGUGCAUGUUUGCGUGACGUGCACAUGCUAGUGUGCCAUUUGGUUACCCAUAUGGGCAAGGGGAGUUUACUACUGAGCUGGCCUCCAGCCACAGGCCUGGCCUUGUGACAUCAUCAGCAAGCGCCACCCAGUCAUACCUGUGCCCCUGUACACCCUACCUGCCAUCUCAGCUGCACCCACACUGCACUCCUCUGCAGACUCAUACUCGCCCAGCCACACCUGGCCAAUGCCUCACUUAUGCAGAAAUGACUCUGCUGUGGAAAGGAGCCCCCCCCUCCCCCCCCCCCCCCCCAUCGUCAACAAUCCCCCAUAAAGUGCAUCACGCGUGUCUCUGCUCUGUACAGAAUUUUGUCAGAAUUAACACUUUAGAGACAAAAUAUUCGGUUUAUAUAAAUCUGCAGAGGUAUGACAGAACUUUUUUUUGUAGCAAACAAUGAACUCUUGCUGUUUGCUAUUUUUUCUAAGGUACUGUUGAAAUCUGUAGGCGUUUGUACCCAUUUGAAACUGAUUUUAGCCAAAUAGACAAGGUAGUCUCAGAGUGCCAAGAGUAGGCAGGCGUCCGCUGAGACUAAAUCAGAAAUAUUCUUUCUGUAGCCCAUUGUGUUUUUAUACAUUUGCAUUUUUAACAUCUGAAUCUGUUCUAAUGCUGCGUCUGUCUGUCUGUGAGGAUGGUUCUUAUCUGCAGAGUGUGAGUCUGUCACUAAUCUGCCACUCUGUUCUAAAUAAAAGGCCUGAUUGGCUAA